AUCAUGGGGCCUACCUAAUGAGUGGUGUAAAAUAGACCAGGACCUUUAGAUCCCGGAUUCCACUUCAAUAAACAGCACAAAACUAUAUUUAUAUUAGAAUUAUCAUAACCCUGAUUGAUUAAAGCUAAAAAAACCCCAAAAAUCCAAUUAUGAGAGAAGUACCUCAGGCGGAGAUCCUUAGCCACUCAUCGCCGCCGUACGCAACUCCGGAGACGCCGCCGGCCGGAAGAUGCGACGCUCAGAAGUGUCCGUGGUGGCCGUACACAAGCUCGAGAGACUUCAAAAUCAACACGACCUUAGUCCUCGUCUUCCUCUUCUGUACGGUAAUUUUUGCCCUAAUUAUAAACCUCGCGAUUCGAUACAUCAUAGCGCUGCGGUGCGUGCGGCGGAGGCGGAGAAGGAUUCCGAUUCCGAUUCCGAUUGCGGCGAAUCGGAGAGUGGAGAUGCCGUGGGCGAUUUACUCGGAGGGGAUGAAAUUGGCGGGAACGGAGGCGGUGUGCGCGAUAUGCCUGUCGGAGAUUGCGGUGGGGGAGAGGAUCAGCGUGGUGGAGAAGUGCGGCCAUGGAUUCCACGUCGAGUGCAUCCAACGGUGGUUAGCUUCCCAUUCAUCUUGCCCUACUUGCAGAGCCAAUUGCUAGCUUAAUUGGUAAGUGUUAAUUAAUUAAUUAUUGUACAUUUUUAUAUGUAUAUUUAUAAUUAAAUUAAUUUUUGUA